CACGCCGAAAGGAGAGGAGGCGGCUAAUUAAAUAUUGAGCAGAAAAUCGCGUGGGGAGAGUGUCACGUGGGCCGCGAGGCUCGUCGAGCCCGGGAUAAAUACUGCGAGGACCUGGGCUGGCAAAAGAGCGCGCUCGGGACCUCGUCCUCCGCCAAGGCAACCGGCAGCGCGGGGAGCUCAGCGCGCCCAGAGCAGCCGGAGGCACCCGCGGUCCUGUCCGUCGCGGAAUUCAACAUGAAAAUCCUCUUGGCCUUGGCAGUCUUUUUUCUCGUCUCCACUCAACUGUUUGCAGAAGAAAUCGGAGCCAACAAUGAUCUGAAUUAUUGGUCCGACUGGUCCGACAGCGACCAGAUCAAGGAGGAGCUGCCGGAGCCCUUUGAGCAUCUUCUGCAGAGAAUCGCCCGGAGACCGAAGCCUCAGCAGUUCUUUGGAUUAAUGGGCAAAAGGGAUGCUGAUUCCUCAAUUGAAAAACAAGUGGCCCUGUUAAAGGCUCUUUAUGGACAUGGCCAGAUCUCUCACAAAAGGCAUAAAACAGAUUCCUUUGUUGGACUAAUGGGCAAAAGAGCUUUAAAUUCUGCAGCUUAUGAAAGGAGUGCAAUGCAGAGUUAUGAAAGAAGACGUAAAUAAACUAACGUAUGAUUUAUUCAGCUUCAGUUGUGUCAGUGGGCAAGGAAAGGUAAAAUAAGACAAGUACUAUGGGGAAUAAUUAUUUAUUUAAAAACAAUUGUUGUUUUGAGUUGAAUAUUCAAAAAAAGUGUUUUUCAUAUUGUGCCCAUAUGUGUUGUAAACAUGUGCUACAAUUCUAAUAUGAAGACUCCCUCAGAGGUAGAAAUUAGUGGCAAUUUCUCAACAAGGCAUAGUAUUCAAUGAAAUUGUAAAAACCUGUCAAUGAUAUGGCCUCCAAAGAAAGAUGUUAUUGCUUUGAAGUAGUCACAUCAGCUCUGCUGAAAGGGAAGGAAACUUCUGUACAGUCCUAUGCUUUCCCUAUUUGUUUUCAUGAUGAAAAUGUACUGAGAUUUUGGUAUCAAACUAUGUUUGUAUCGCUGCAGCAUGUUUCAUGUUUUGUGACAAUAUAGAGAUGUUUUUUAAAGUUUUAAUGUGGUUCUAAGGUAUUCAUUUAAUUGUAUGAUGUGUUGUGAUAGCUAACAUUUUAAAUAAAAUUUUUAAAAUCCUGA